GAUCGACCCGCGAACGCAACCUGUGCUCACACUGCGACAGAGUUCACUUCGGUUAGUCGCUGUUUGCCCGUCAACGGCAUACGGUCGCGUCGGUCUAUGAUUUUUUGCUUUUUAUUCGUACAUCUUCUUCCGACAACCGGCCUACACAUCGCCACUUUAUCGUACGAUUAUUAUCCUUCUUAUCAUUCUUCUCAUAUCCGAUUUCGUCGUAAAAGAAGAGAAUUGUUUGCUCCGAUCUUUGUUAUUUGAAGGGAAUAUACAUUGUUUGGACACAUGGACUGCGAUACACGAGGAAUGAUCGAGACAUCGACGUGAUGCACUUUCGAGAUAACAUACUCCUGGCCGCUGCAGUGCAUGCACAGUGGUUGUUGGAAUAACUUUUCAUCUAUCUAGCCUCCCUGGUGGACAUCAUUCUUUGAUCUUCUGUGGCUAACUCAAUCGAGGACCAUGAAGAGUAGUUCGAGCCUCUACUCGAAAAUACUCGUGUGGGUAUUCUAUCUGUCCGCUAUUCUUCUUCUUCUCCUUCCGUCAAGAACCGCUGCCUUGGAGGAGAAUUGUACGGAUUUCCAAGGAGCGAUCGUUCGACACGGUCUCCUUUAUGUACCAGGACCUGCGGUUUGCAGUCUCUGCGUCUGUUAUCAUUCAGAACCAAUGUGGUGUCAAUCCAUCUUCUGCACACCACCUUACAGAUGCAAGAAGUUUCGGGUCGGCGAACGAUGCUGUGAAUUCGAGUGUCUGGAUGAUAUUGAUACGAAUUGGACAGGGCCUGAUUUGAUUAUUGCAAAUGGUACCUCCAGAAUUCAAGAACAAGGGAUAUUUUGGCUGAUGGGCUUAAUAAUGCUGUUAAGAGCGUUCUAGUUUUUUAACGAGGAUCCAGAUGGCGUUGUCGAUGGAAUUCAAUCAUUAUGAAAUAUCAACGGCAAAUAUG